AUGAAUUAUUCUACGGAAAGAUCAAUGUGGGCAUCGUCCCGAGUCGCAGCUGCAAAGCAGGGGGCUGGCACCCUUAGCUCUCACGCAAACAGCCCUUCCUCCUCACUCAACUCUCAUCCUGCUCGCGGCACUGCUGCCAGCAAUUCCCGUACUCAUCUCUCCGGCUCAUCCACCUCAGCCUGGGCCUCGCCUGCAUCGCAACCAUCGUCUGCAUUGCCUAACUUAUCAAUGCCUGCUGCGAAUGGACAAGGUGCUGCAUCUCGAUCUUCUCCGUAUUCCGCAAAUGCCUCCAAUGCCUCGCGAUAUGCCCCUGGUAACCGCCAGACCUCGAGCGCACAUGGCACCUCUCUCCUAGAGGCACCAGCGCCAAGGCAAAGGGACCUCACCCGACAGCUGGGAGGCUCCCUGGACCCAAUGUCCCUGAUUGCCAGCCCCAGCCGAGGCAUCCAGUCCGCCCACUCUACAUCCCUCGGAGCAUCCAGUGAACAGGACCUCACCAACCACCAGACCCAGGAGAACUUUAGAGGCUACGUCUCCCGCAGGAUCGCAGCUCACUGCCAGAGAUUCCCAACCCUGACUUUGGCCGAGAUCGCUCGGAAGAUCGCAGUGCCCGGAGAUGCGGCCGAAGAAGCGGAUGCCAAGAGGAGAGAAGAGAUUGACAUGGCCAGAGUGAGCCUAGAGGAGAUCUUGCUGCUUGUGAGGAAGCUACGUGAGGGAGUCAUGGCCAGCCAUCGCAUGGAUGCUGCCACUAUUGAGGUCUACCAGCUAUCGCUGUUCCUUUCUGUGCACACACUUAAUUCCGGACAACUCUCGUCCACCAUCAAUCGUCUCGUACUAGACUUAUUCCCCAACAUCCCCUGCAAAUCAUCUACCACAUCCACCUGGCCCGGAAACGUAUUCGCAGACUUCACCAGCACACCCGAGGGCAGCAAGGAAGACGCUUUUGUUGCUCAGCUGCGCCAUUUUGCAGAGGACACCCCGGCCACACGAGCACACCACGCAUCUCUGCUCCUCCUCUCACACACCUGCCUGGGCUCCGGUGGCAAGAGUGGCAUGGGUGGCUUUGGCUCCGCCGGUGGACUGCAAGACAACUUCUUCACUCUAAAGCACAAGGUUCUCGCCGCUCUUGGUUUGUCCCUCGAGGAUACGCCCAAUGCAGACAUUGUGUUUGCAGAGCAGGCAGAUCGAGCACUCCGGACGGGAGAUGUACUUCUCUUCCGCAAACUUCUUAGUCACAGACGUGCAUCGGUCUGGCAGAAGUUGCUCCUGGAGCAGGCUGUACCCAAGAUGAGGGCACAGGCUUGGACGCAGCUGAAGAAGGCGUACAUGAGCGUGCCACUGCCGCUCUCCCUCUCGUCGCAGCAGCAAGAUGGAGAACCCCAGGGAGAACAGUGGCUCGAGGAAGUCCUCUUGAUCGACACACACCUGGUGCCCGUAUCAAACGCUACCGCCAGCUCUUCAAAGACAGCUCCGCAGGCAGCUCCCACCAAAAAGAGCCAGACCAAAAUCCUAGACUCCUGGGACGAAGCAGACCUCAGCCAGCUCGACCUCGCCUCUGCAUCCGCACCUGCCACUCCUGCUCAAGAAGAAGAGAGGAGAACUCGCAUCGCCCGUCUCGCUGGUGCCUUUACACAUCACGCUCUACCUUCUUCACAGCAGCAGCAGCAGCAGCAGCAAGCAAGCAAAGGAGAGCAUCACACCACUACCACCACCGCCACUCUUGCGCAAGCUCUAGCGCCUUGGAAGGAGAGGCUGGUCUUGACAAAAGAAGGGGAGAGGGUGUGCGCUAUUAAACUGCGUUGA